UUUGCUCACGUGUGAGUUAUUCAUCUGUAUUGAUGCCAGAUCAGCCUGCCGUCUGCCUCUGACUCUCUGUGUGUUGUAUGUUCUCAGGUCGUCCACUGGUGCCUGAAUGCAUCACAGGGAGGAGUGAAGUUAUUAACCUAUAGACUGACACAGGAGAGAGCACACAGACACAUACACACACACACACACACACACACACUGAAAGAUGUCUGGGACACCGACCGCAUCUGCGACUCUGCCGUCCGCAAAAAUGAAAAAGGACGAGUCUUUUCUUGGUAAAUUAGGAGGGACCCUGGCUCGGAAGAAAAAGUCUAAAGAAGUGAGUGAUCUCCAUGAGGAGGGGAAGAAUGCCAUCAAUGCUCCCAUGCUUCCCUCAGGGACAGACAUCCAUCCAGAGGACACACUGCUGGAGGAAAACGCAGAGAGAUACAUGAUCAACCCAACAUCGCGGGAAUGUCCUAAAUUUAAAGAUCUACAGAAGGUCCUGAUCGACUGGAUCAACAGUGAGUUGGAGGAAGACCGGAUCAUAGUCAAAAACCUGGAGGAGGAUUGCUAUGAUGGACAAGUGCUUCAGAAGUUAUUUGAAAAGUUAUCGGGCAGGAAGCUGAACGUGGCCGAGGUGACCCAGUCGGAGAUCGGCCAGAAGCAGAAGCUUCAGACGGUUUUGGAGGCCGUUAACGAACUUCUGCGGCCUCAUGGCUGGACCAUCGAGUGGAGCGUGGACACUAUCCAUUCAAAGAACCUGGUGGCUAUAGUCUAUCUGCUGGUGGCUCUCGCCAUGCAUUUCCAGGCCCCCAUCAGACUGCCUGAGCAUGUCUCUGUACAGUUGGUGGUAAUCAAGAAACGAGAGGGCAUCCUGCAGACUGCUGUAGUGACCAAGGAGCUGACGAGCACCACAGAAAUGAUGCUGGGAAGAUUUGAGAGGGAUGCAUUCGACACUUUGCUGGAUCAUGCACCUGACAAGCUCAACGUGGUAAAAACGUCGCUCAUCACCUUUGUGAACAAACACCUGAACAAGCUGAACCUGGAGGUUACUGAGCUGGAAUCUCAGUUUGCUGAUGGAGUGUACCUCAUAUUGUUGAUGGGGCUUUUAGAAGACUACUUUGUUCCUCUGUACAACUUCUUCCUCACCCCUGAGAGCUUCGAACAGAAGGUCCACAAUGUGGCGUUUGCCUUUGAGCUGAUGCAGGAUGGAGGCUUGAAGAAACCCAAAGCCAGACCAGAAGAUGUUGUCAACCUGAACCUCAAGUCCACCCUCAGAGUCCUCUACAACCUCUUCACCAACUACAAAAACUCUGAGUGACUUCUCCCAGUUUCACUCCUGAUAUUUCUCUGAAAACUGCCCUGUGCCUGUGCUGAUAUUAUGCAUUACAGUCUGGACACUGGAGGAGACUGACUGGGACUGAAAGUCAUCAUAAUGUGGGACUUAAAGAGACCCAGGGGGAGUAGCCUGAAAACGGCUCUGAAUGUUAGUAUUUAAUCUUCCCCAAAUGUCAGUAUUUAUUUAUUCCUUCCUUCAAAUGUUAACUGCAACCUAGGAAACCCUGCACCCUUUAGCUUGCAUUUGAAUAUACAGUCGUCACUGGAAAAAUGUAUGAGGGCAGAAUGUUAAAACUGAUUACCCUCCACCGCAGAAUAUUUAAGAAAGCUGGAAAUGCUGGAUAUUAUAUAUUAUCUAAAAUUGUAUGAACAUUAAAGGAAUAGUGCAACA